AUGCUUUGCCCCAGGGAAAAUGAUAAUUGCCACCAAACUGGUUUCACAGUCAAGGUCGCGGCUUCCGGCAAGCUAAACCAUCAUCAUCAUAUCCGACCAUCACCUCCUCCUCCUCUAUCUGCAGCUUGGCCAUGGUCGUUAUCAGUGCGAAAUUUUGGUCAACUCAUUAUUAUGGCCGUCAUGUUGGCGAUUAUGUCGGCUUCUUCGUUGGAUGCUUUUAGCAUUGACAAUAACGUUGGAUUCGGAGUCGGCCAAAACCAAAACCAGACAACGCCAACGGCAUACCAACAUGGUCACAGCAUUCAUAGUCGUCGUCAUCGUCGCUCAGCAUCGACUGAUGCCGCCUGCAUUCAAGAUUCGCGUUUCUAUCGCAAUCCCAAUCGACCGGUCCACAAGAUCUGGACGAAUAGUGAAUGUGCGAAAUAUUUCCUAUGCUUGGACGGCGAAGUUUUUGAAUUUAAGUGCUCGGAGGGUCUGCUCUUCGAUGUUGUGCGUCAGAUAUGCGAUUUCAAGGCAAAUGUGGAUAAUUGUGAUGUGAGUGCAGAGACGGCAGCACCCAAACCCCUACUGGAAAUGGCAGAUUGUGCCGAUGAUUUGCAAUUGGGUUGUGCCGAUGGCACUUGUCUGCCCCAAGAGUAUUUCUGUGAUGGCUCCGUCGAUUGUCCUGAUGGUUCCGAUGAGGGCUGGUGUGAUGUCGAGCAUGAUCCGAAUGCAGCUGGUGCUUGUGAUCCAAGAAAAUGUCAAUUACCGCAUUGUUUUUGCUCAAAGGAUGGCACACAGAUUCCUGGCAAUCUGCAGACCCAAACUGUGCCACAAAUGAUUCUACUGACCUUCGAUGAUGCCAUCAAUCAUGAUAAUUGGGAAUUGUUUUCCAAAGUUCUAUUCACCCAAAAUCGACGGAAUCCAAACGGUUGCCCGAUCAAGGGAACAUUUUAUGUAUCACAUCCUUAUACUAAUUAUCAAUAUGUGCAGAAGCUAUGGAACGAUGGACACGAGAUUGCAGUGCAUUCGGUUACGCAUCGUGGUCCCGAGAUGUGGUGGUCUAAGAAUGCCACCAUUGAGGAUUGGUUUGACGAAAUGGUGGGUCAGGCGAAUAUAAUUAAUAAAUUUGCAGCCGUACGCAUGGAAGAGAUACGAGGAAUGCGAGUUCCGUUCCUACGUGUUGGCUGGAAUCGUCAAUUCUUGAUGAUGAAAGAAUUCGGUUUCACCUAUGAUGCAUCCAUGAUGGCACCACACUCAAAUCCUCCACUCUGGCCAUAUACAUUGGACUACAAAAUGCCGCAUAGUUGCACGGGAGUUAAUCAGAAUUGCCCAUCGCGUAGUUAUCCGGGGAUAUGGGAAUUGGUAAUGAAUCAAUUGGAAGCCGGUGAAUAUAUGUGCGGUAUGGUAGAUAGUUGUCCACCCCAUUUAAGUGGCGAGGAUGUCUAUCGCAUGUUGACGCAUAAUUUCAAGAGACAUUAUCUUAGUAAUCGUGCGCCAUUUGGUUUAUAUUUCCAUUCGACAUGGUUUAAGAAAAUUGAUUAUCUCAAUGCCUUCUUGAAAUUCCUGGAGGAUCUACAAAAAGUGCCGGAUGUGUAUUUUGUGACCAAUCAACAGGCCAUUGAAUGGAUGCGUCAGCCUACACCAAGUAAUCAAUUGCAUCAUUUUGCUCCUUGGCAAUGUGAACCAAAACAAUUGGAUGUCCAGGAGCAAGUCUGUCAGAUUCCGAAUGUAUGCAAGGUGCGGAGUCGUGUCCUGCAGGAGGAUCGUUAUUUCUAUACAUGCAUGACGUGUCCAGCACAAUAUCCUUGGAUACGUAACGAAUUCGGCCUGGACUGA